AUGGCCAUUAACCCGAUAAUUAGGGCGGCCAUUACUGUGUCCAUCACGGCUUUCUCGCAGCCUAGUGUUAUCAAGACUGACGCGCCCAGCAACCUUCGCCGACUGACCGUUACCAACGAUUAUACGGUACUUCCAGCAGGGGCCGUGACAACAGCAGGAGCAGCAGCUCUUGCAGCAGGGGCCGUGACAACAGCAGGAGCAGCAGCAGCUCUUGCAGCAGGGGCCGUGACAACAGCAGGAGCAGCAGCAGCUCUUGCAGCAGGAGCCGUGACAACAGCAGGAGCAGCAGCAGCUCUUGCAGCAGGGGCCGUGACAACAACAACAGCAGCUGCGGCUCUUGCAGCAGGGGCCGUAACAACAGCAGGAGCAGCAGCUCUUGCAGCAGGGGCCGUGACAACAGCAGGCGCAGCAGCAGCUCUUGCAGCAGGAGCCGUGACAACAGCAGGAGCAGCAGCAGCUCUUGCAGCAGGGGCCGUGACAGCAGCAGCAGCUCUUGCAGCAGGGGCCGUGACAGCAGCAGCAGCUCUUGCAGCAGGGGCCGUGACAGCAGCUCUUGCAGCAGGGGCCGUGACAACAACAGCGCCGCCGCCUCCACGCAUGCUUCUCAAGAGACACAUUCCCAGCGCCUUAUUUCCUCAUUUUAGUACUUCCACUGGUCUCGGGGAUGCGUCAGGGAGUAUGGUGACGCCCUCAACCAUCAAAACAGACAAAAAUCAAAAACAAUUGAAAGAGUGCAAACGACACAAUUUAUACAGAAUAUCCAUUAAUGAGAGAGCGGGUAAACAUCCAGAUGACUGGACAGGUGUCGAGCAGAGAGAGAUCACCGGAGGUGGAGAGCUGCCACAACAGAGGCUCAAAGCAAUCGUAGAACAACAAAUGGCAAGCAUCUCAAGACCAACAACCAGUCACAUCUUCACAGAUGGAUCAGUUGAUCAAGAAAGAGAUUCUGCUGGGGCAGAAUCACCAACAACCAUGAAGCUUACUGGAGCAUGA